GUCAACUAACAAACUACCAGUCAGGUUUUGAAAAAAUAAAACACUAUUUGCAGCUUACAUUUUACUUCUUCCAAACUAUACAUGCCCUAAUGUCACAACAUUUACAGCUCUGCCAAUAGCAUUUCCUUAUGUUUUCAAUACCUUUUUAUCCAAGAAAUCACAGUCUUUUACCCUAAUUUGGUUAAGUUGAGUAUAUUUUGAGCUGAUAAAUCAAAGCCAAUAAUAUAUUUUUGUGCAAAUAUAAUGGUACCAUCAAGAACAAGCAGCAGAAAUAUACAAGCCAAGCUGGUGGUUCUUGGGGACAUGGGGACUGGAAAAACAAGUCUAGUUUUGAGAUUUGUCAAAGGCCAAUUUUACGAUUAUCAGGAGUCGACGAUCGGAGCGGCGUUUUUCAGUCAGGUUUUAUCGGUGAAUGAGGCGACUAUAAAGUUUGAUAUAUGGGACACGGCAGGACAGGAGCGAUACCACAGUUUGGCUCCCAUGUACUACCGGGGCGCUGCUGCGGCUGUUGUGGUGUAUGAUAUAACAAGCUUGGAAUCAUUUGCAAAAGCAAAAAAAUGGGUUCUAGAAUUGCAAACGCAAGCUAAUCCAAAUUUAAUUAUUUUCUUGGCGGCCAACAAAGCUGAUUUGGAAGAGAAGAGAAAAGUGGCAAGUGAGGAAGGUGAGCAAUAUGCGGAAAAUAAUGGCCUGGUUUUUGUUGAAACGUCUGCAAAAACAGCACAGAAUGUGAACCAGCUCUUUUAUGAAAUAGCUGAUAAAUUGGCGAAAGCUGCCCCUUCGCGUCCAACUGGAAUGAAACUGCAUAACGAACAACCGGAUCGAAGUGGCAUGAGUAUGUUCUGUUGCUCCUAAUGCUGAUGACGCGCUCAUCGCGGGCACAGGCGGAACUAUUAUAGGGCUGGAUGAGCACUCGCCCCUUAGCCCCUUCUCUACUAUCGAAUCGUAUGGUUUUUAUACAAGUAAAUAGUAAUUAAAAAAUUAUUCGAUGCAACAAAUGUAUCAUAUUAAUAUUGAACAAUCAUAUUAUGUAUUGAUAAAUUUUAU